UGGAGCCUGGCCAGGGCACCCAGCCAACCCUCAACCUAUGGCCAGUCACCCUGAAAGGGCUGUUUCCUCAGCAACUGGCCAAACUCCUCCACGCGAGCCUCAGGAAACCAGGCUGGAGGAGAGGAGGGCAGCCAAGCAGCUGCUAGCCAAAGAGACCGACCUUCUCCGGGGCUGGCAACGUCCCCUUGGGCCGGCUGGCACGUCGUCCCGGCAGGGCUGGUGGAAAACCUCUCUCGGGGUGCAGAGGCUGGGGGAAGCAGCCCUGCCUGGGGGCUGGAGGGGGGUCAGUCAAUGCCACCCGCAUCUCCCCCAGCGCCCCCUCCCUCAGGAUGUCCCAGCUCUCUUCCACCUUGAAGCGCUACGUGGACUCUCCCCGCUACUCGGACACCUUGCCUUGCAGCAAAGCCUCCACCAGCUAUGCCACCUAUUCCUCCUACUCUUCCAAGCUCUCUUCCUCCUACUCAGACAAAGAGAAGCUCAACUACAAGCCCACCACUCCUUCCAGCUAUUUGACUUCUACCCACCUGCGGACGUCAGGGGCCACCUCCUCCUCUUCCUUGAACUUUGAUGGGGGCGGAAGGCUGCUCCAGCGUCCGGACUCGGGCACCAGGCUGAGCCCCGGGUACAGUCGGGUCCCCGUCCGGCCCUCUGGAGGGCUUAGUGGAGGGGCUACCUACUCCUUUGCAAACGGGCCCUCGACCAGCUAUGGCUCCACCCCGCUGGGACGCAAGAAAUCCAGCAGCCAUUCCGACUUGGCCCGGGACCUCUCCUCCAUGCACCUGUCCUCGGACCCCUAUCCCUCCACCUCAACCCGCAGCCCCUUCGUCACCCGCCCCCGACAAGAGCUCUGUAGCAUCCAAGGAUUUUACCCGUCCAGCAGACACUCGGAUUAUGUCCAGGACUACCUGGAGUCCUACAGCCGCAAAGGGGGGCGCUCCCCGGGCCCUGGCUUGCACGGUUCCACCCCGGAAGUCAUCACCCCCACCCUGCGCCCCACUAGCCGUUGCUCUGUUCAGCAGUGGGAGUGGACUGACAGCCAGACAGACAUCCUGAGCAAGGAGAAUCCGAAUUCAAAAACGGUACAAGGUCUGACUGGUCUCCGAAACCUCGGGAACACCUGUUUUAUGAACUCCAUCCUGCAGUGCCUGAGCAACACCAAAGAGCUGCGAGAUUACUGCCUGCAGAGCCAAUAUGUCCGCGAUCUCAACAACAACAGCCGCAUGCAGAUGUCUCUCGUGACAGAAUUUGCCAAGCUCAUCCAGAUGUUGUGGACCUCGUCUCCCAACGAAUCCGUGAGUCCUUCCGAAUUCAAGAUGCAGAUUCAACGAUACGCUCCCCGCUUUGUGGGAUACAACCAGCAGGACGCCCAGGAAUUCCUGCGUUUCCUUCUCGAUGGGCUCCACAGUGAGGUGAACCGGGUUCUGGUCCGUCCCAAAGGCCACAGUGACAACCUGGACCAUCUACCGGACGACGAGAAGGGGAGGCAGAUGUGGAUGAGAUACCUAGCAAGAGAAGACAGCCGGAUUGGGGAUCUCUUUGUUGGGCAGCUGAAGAGUUCCUUGACCUGCAGUUCUUGUGGCUAUUGCUCCACCGCCUUUGAUCCCUUCUGGGACCUGUCCCUGCCCAUUGCCAAGAAAAGCUACGGCGAGGUGAAUUUGAUUGAUUGCAUGCGACUCUUCACCAAGGAGGACGUUCUGGAUGGAGACGAAAAACCCACGUGCAGCCACUGCAAAGCGAGGACGAAAUGCAUGAAGAAAUUCAGCAUCCAACGCUUCCCCAAGAUUCUGGUUUUACACCUGAAACGUUUCUCCGAAGCCAGGAUGCGAUCCAGCAAACUCACCACUUUCGUCAAUUUCCCGCUGAAGGAUCUGGAUCUACGGGAAUUUGCCUCCCAGAGUUGCAAUCACGCGAUCUACAACCUCUACGCCAUCUCCAACCACAGCGGGACCACGAUGGGUGGCCACUACACGGCCUACUGCAAGAGUCCCGUCUCCGGAGAAUGGCACGCCUUCAACGACUCACGCGUCACGCCGAUAUCCCUGGGCCACCUCCGCAGCAGUGAUGCCUAUCUCCUCUUCUACGAGCUGGCCAACCCGUCUUCCCGAAUGUAGCUUCCAGGUCACGCUCCCCACCACCACCACCACCACGCAGGUCCCUCUGGAAAGGAAUCCUUGUAAUAUCCCGGAAGAAGGGCGCGAACCAAGCACCAGCUCGGGAGAGGGUGGGGAACGUGCAGACCCAGGACAAUGGUGAUUGGAUGGAUUUUUUUUCUAAGUUGGGUUUUCCCCCCCUUUUUUUCCUAAAAAACAAGCAAAAGCAAAAAAAGAGAGAGAGAGAGAGAGAGAGAGAGAGAGAGAAAGUGAGGGAGGGAGAAAAUGCUAAUAAAGCGUUAACUAAAGUUGCUGGCCUUUAAGGGGACACCUUUCUCCCACAUACGGGACUAAAGAUGGAGAAAACCAGAAAGAAAACACCAUCCUUGGUGGGCAGGUUCCACGUCGCUCCAAAAAUGUUCUCAGGGGUGGUUUCCUAUGUUUUCCUUCCCUCCCUUUUCCUUCUCCCUUUCUCUCCUCGUCUGCGCACACUCCUCCUCUUUCACCAUUUGGUGUGCCGUAAGCCACAAACAGCUGCUGCUCUUUUGGGGGGGAGCAGGAACCUGCCUCUCCCCCUGUGUUCCCUUGGGGGUGUUGGAGCUGAGCCACGGAGGUGUUUUCUCCCUGUCCGAUGCCAGUCGGGCACCCACUUCAUCCAGGAAGUUGCAGAACUAGAUGAGGUUUACUGGAAUCCGAUUUUGCAUCUUAGAUCCAGGCGAGGUGCGUCAGUUCCUGGACAGUUUUUGCACAACUCUUGCACGACUGUCCACAGGGGUUGCAAGGGAUUUCUCUGCAGGAACCGUGGACUUCAAGUCCUAUCUCUUCGCGUCAGGUGGGGGCUGCUGUUGGUGUCUUUUUUUCUUCUUUUUUACAAACUGGAAGCAUCUGUGGAUGGAUUUUAUGGACUUUAUUCACAAAAGCAGAGACUCGCUGGGUCAAGUUCUACCCGUUUCCUUGUCACGACCGUGCCUUAAUGCCUCCAGACGAAAGACACGAUGCAUUUCAGUGGGGAUCCAAAUGCCCUUCAAAAAGGGACACGAGGGCACAACCAGCAGAAAUUUGACCCUUUCCCUCGGCUUUCUUCUCCUGCUGUCCCAACCCCGGCUUUACCUCACUGCACCAUUCACACAUGUAGAUAUUUCCCUCCUUCGUCCUGGGAUGGAGGCCAUUCAGGAACGCUUUGGACCGUUUGCACUGCCUUUCCGGAAUGAGGAUUGCUUGGGUUCGGUUUUCGUUUUGGUUCUCGUGGUGUGCAUGCCGGGGAGUCGCCCAAACGCACCUCGUUGGAGGGUUUUUUGAGCCAGUUUGGGAGCGAUGGCCUUGGAGGGGCAGCUAACCAGCCUCAGCAAACUCCCUCAUCCUCUUAUUUAUUCUCCGUCCCACCCCACACGGCCAACCUUUCAGCCCACAUUCGAAGAACAUUUGAAGCGCUGGGAAUUAAGAGGCACCUUUAUGGUUUUGCAACCAGACAACCUUCAUUGGGUAGAAAUCCCCCUCCCCUGUUUUAUUUCCCUCCCCUUUUUAUCCCCCGCCCCUCGCAAAGCUCUGAAAAAGCACCAAGCCGACUUUAAAUGACAGCCGCCCCAGUUUUGAAUUAAGCAGAGCAUCGAGGUCAGUUUUAGUGGGCAUCUUGGUUUGCAGCCCAAGGGAUGCUGCUCGACUCCUUUCUGCCAAUCUCACGGCCUUCCCCCCCCCAAAAAAAUGCCCCCCUUGCAUAUUUCACUCCAUUUCAAGCGGGCAGAUGCUCAGGACCCCAGGGGAAGGCAGAAGGGGUAACCCAGAUGUCCAGGGUCCUGCUAGCGCAGCCUUUCUCAGUGUUACUAUUUUGCUUGAUUUGGGACGAGGUAGUUUUGUUUUGGGUUUUUUUGUGUGUGUUUGUUUUUUUGGUUUAUCAGUUUGGACUGAACAGCUUGUUUACUGUGUAAGCAAGGCUGGGGGAGGGACUGUGGUCGCUCAGGAAGGAGGCUUGUACAGAAAUAAAAUUGUAACUUGAUGAACACCCA